AUGAAAAAGUUUACCAAUGGAUUUUGUGCUUAUUUCUUCCUAGUGCUUCUGUUCUCAACCUGCAAUGCUGGACUUCUGGAUCUACUUUUGGGAAAUACUGCACCUUCGACACAGCUGUUUAAUAAUAAUAAUAAUCAAAACAUAAAUCAGCUAUCUAGAACCAUACAGAACUUGGCUGCAUCUAGAGAUAGAUAUAAUCCACGAAAUACUAACUGGGCCCAACCGGUUAAUUCGCAAAGUAAAGGUUCUUUCGGUAUCAAUGAUAAUGACAACGACGAUGACGAUGAUGAUGAUAGUGAAAAUAGAAGAUAUGCACCAACAAACGUCGCAACAAAUACGAACAUCCAAAAUGUAGUCACGAACCAGGUAUCAGGACUCCCAUUUACAAAUGGAAAUUCUGGAUUACAUGGUAAUCCAUUAUCGAGCAAUGACGUUUUAAGUCCAAUACCCAUUAACCCACUUGUCAGUAGACCGAUAACCAAUGUUAAUCCAGGCAGGAGCUCGGGCAAUAUAAAUAAAAUAAUGCAGGAUGUAAGCAAAAUCAACUCAAUUAUGGAUCAAAUCAAGCAGCAGAACGCUAUAAAUCGAGGAAAUGGAGACACUGGAAACAUCAAAACAAACAAUUACAAUAGACCGCAUCGACCAGCUGGCUUUGUAAAUAACUAUCCUAUAAUUCACGUUAAUCAAGGUGUACAUACGAAUAAUCCAAAUGAUUUUAGCAAUCCUGUAUUUAGUCAGUUGCCAAAAGUAAAGCCUCACAUCAAUAUACCACUAACGAGACUACCAGAAACAAAUUUAAACUCAGCUGUCACUAACCCACCGGUCGUAUCUCCGCCACCAGGAAAUUUAAUGACUAAUGUACCAGAAGAAAACAUAGGCGGACAAGACACGGAUAGCAAUGACAAUACUCAAUCAACUAAUAAUAAAAAAAUUGCGCUAAAACGACUGACGAAGAGAAAAUUCUUCUUUCAAGUUACACCGGUUUUACCAGAUGACAAAAUUGUUAAACACAAUGAAACUGUAUACUAUAUUUAG